GAGAACUGUAGCAGCGUGUGGACUCCAUUGAAAAAUACGGCCUUGUUAUUUCCAACAGAGCAACACACAAGAGAACCGACACCUUGCGAGAUGUAUGCGUGGGCGCCUUAAAAACCUCAAGCAUACAGAGAACAGCCAGAUCACAAGAAAACAGACCAGACCAGGCCCAAAUACUGACAUCCCCCCUUUUCCUCUUUCCCCGCAGCCUUGCAGGCUGCAUCCACAACAUCUUGCCUUUUAGCAGCUAAAUUUACUGUGCUAAUCCAACAACCUCAUAACACUGGGACUGGGACAGAAGAGCCCAGAGAUUCCCCCAGCUAAAGCUUCUUAGCUUUGCCUGGCAAUGCCACAGCCCAGCAUCAUUGGGAUGGAGCGCUCCCUUUUGCUGACGGCAUUUCAGAACUACUCUUUUGCUGACCAGCCCUCACCAGCACCGACCUGCUUUGCUUCCAACUCUGACCCAGAUUUCAUGUAUGAAACUGAGUACGAUGCGUUCGAACUAGGUCACGGAGCGUCACGUGACCUCCCGAUGCAGGACAGAGACGUCACCCACCGACAGAGCCCCUCCAGCGACAGCCCCGGAGUGGGGGGCGAUGGGGGGAAGGAUGUGGAGGGCUGCGUGGACCAGCUCAUGGGUCUGAGCGAGAGCGAGGCGGUCCACAGCAGCUCAGCGUUCGAACAGUGGGACUCCUACUGGGAGGACCUCACCAGAUACACACGGCUGGCCAGCUGUGAGAUCUUGGGCAACAAAGAGGCGGAUUUCCUUGGAUUGGAUGACCUCUCUAGUCCCUACCAGGAUGAGGAUGUGAUUGGUCAAACCCCGACCCUGGCUCAGCUCAACAGCGAGGAUUCGCAACCUGUGUGUGAGGCGCUCUACCCCCCUGCUGAUAUGAGUGGCCCUCCACUUCCCGGUCACAGUAGGAGACCCCUGAUCGCUGGCCAGGGAUUUGGCCCCGGCUCAGCACGGCCGUCCCCCAGCUCCUCUUCCCGUCUUUCCCGCAGCUUUCUCCCAGACUUUCCUGAAACCUCCCAAAAAGCCACCAGACCCGUCCCCUCCUGCACCGAGACCAUGGCCAAGACCCAGACCCUCCUCAGCCUCACCCAGGACUACGGCCAUGCGCAAACCAAGCCUUACGGCAGAGGAACCAAGAUGGCAGCCCCGAUGGACUUUGUGCGGAAGGCUAAAGUCCGUGUGAGUGCCGGGCUUAAAACUCAGCCCGACAUGCCCUCCCAGAUGGCCUUUGAGAGGUCAAUCCCACCUCCACCGCUCCCCCAGUCCCACGACGGGAAGGCCGGCCCCUCAGCGAGCGCCACCUUGGUGGUAGUUCCUGCUGCUGCAGACAGUGGCUUUGGCAGCCAGAUGAUCUAUGAGAGGGCUGCAGAGGGUGGAGGGAAGAGUGAGGUUCCUGUAGAUUGGUCUGCCAGCGUCCCCACCCUGGUCGAGGCCAGUCCGGCCAUGGAGGGCAGCACCUCUGAGCAGGUCAGCGGAGAGGUGGAGGCAGGAGCUAGUGGGGGUGCUCUGGAUAAAGAGGCAACUGAGAAGAGUAAGGAGGAAGAGCACAACUACUCUCUGUUCCUCACCCGCUGCAGACUGGCCAGCAGAAGCCAGUCCGUGCUGGAAGAGGACGAGGAAGAGGAGGAGGAAGACGAGGAAGAGGCGGAGGAGGAGGAAGCCGAUGGGCUUGAGAUGGAUGACGAAGACCACGAUGAGGGUUUCGGCAGCGAGCACGAGCUGUCUGAGAUGGAGGAGGAGGAGGACGACGAUGAAGAGGAGGAUGAAGACUACGAAGCUGACAAGGACGAAGACAUGAGUGACGCCUUCUCCGAGCCAGGUUGUGAAAUGGAGCUAAUGGACGACAUUAGAGGUCUGACGACGGGGGUCACCACCCGGAAGAGAGGCAAGCGUCGCUACUUCUGGGAGUACAGCGAGCAGCUCACCCCCUCCAAGCACGAACGCAUGCUCAAGCCGUCUGAGUGGGACAGACACACGCUGCCUAGCAACCUGUACCAGAAGAACGGGCCUCUCCAUGGAAAGUACAUGCUGAAGAAGUCUCGCCGCACGGACGUGGAAGACCUGACUCCCAAUCCACGGAAGCUGCUGCAGAUCGGGACCGAGCUCCGCAAACUGAACAAGGUGAUCAGCGACCUGACCCCCGUGAGCGAGCUGCCGCUGACCGCACGACCUCGGUCACGCAAGGAGAAGAACAAGCUGGCCUCCAGAGCUUGUCGUCUGAAGAAGAAGGCUCAGUACGAGGCAAACAAAGUGAAGCUCUGGGGACUCGGCACAGAAUACGACCGGCUCCUGUUUGUGAUCAAUGCCAUCAAGGAGGAGAUAGUUGCCCGAGUGGAGGACUCUACUCCGCGUCCGACCAACAUGGCCGACACUCUGGAGCAUCUCAUCAAAGAGACACUCGUGGCAUCACCUGUUGCUGGGCAGACUUCAGACUUCGUCAACAAGAUCUUGGAGACCACCGGACGCGGCGACCCCACCGGAGGGCUGGUCGGCCUGCGAGUCCCAACCUCCAAAAUCUAAACACACGGCAGUCCACUGAGAGACGUGUGCUAAACAUUACCACCGUGCUGUCCCAUUGUAACUAUGCCCCCCCUCCGCAUGCCCCUCCAGCCCAAAGUACAUACACAUUGUUAGUCACACAAACACACAUACCACUCCCUGUGUGUAUGUAUGUGUGUUUGGCAUACACCCUAGCUUAAUGUCUCUGCACACUGCGAGUCAGUGCGUCACUGUCCCCCAACCCAUUGUGAGUGUCUGUUGGGAUAAGCGCCUCUAAAAGCAAGUGAUGGUCAGGUGUAUAUCUAAAGGCACGUGCUGAAUCCACUGGGGAUUACUAGAUGCGAUGUGCAUAUUGUUGUGUAGGGUCCGUUUUAUUGGAGGUCUGCUUUCAGGGCUGAGACAGUCACACGAGUGUAACCACUGGAAUACUUUUGUUUGAGGUUGUAUAACAAGAGGAAGAAUAGUUUCACGUCAGACACCAUCAAAGGUUUGAAAAAGUUCCAGUUAUCAUUUCCUCCAAGAGGGUUACCUUACAUGGCAACAAAUAUUAACUCCAGAAUUAAAUAAAGAUCAAAUUGACCCAUUCAUUAAAGCACUUCGAUAAAAAGGGCUUUGGUUGCCAACAAAGCUGCAGAGAGAAUAGUUUGUAUGCUCCGAGGCGUUUUCGGGGUGGCAGGAAAUAUUUUGUAUUGAAGGCCUAAAUACGUUCAUGCCAUCCCCUGUUUGCCAAUCAGGCCUGCUGUUGUUAAAAUGUAGGAGUUAACUUUAAGCAAAAUAAAGCUCGAAAAAAGAAACCGCUGAAGCCUAAAGAAUUUAAAAUGAGAGGCUUUAUGGCUUAUUUUGACUACGAUAACUUAAACAACAGGAGGUAGUUGACCAUAUUCAGAGGAAGAUGUAGUUUGGUGCUUUUUGGCCUUGUGCUGGUUAUAACUGGACUGGGUAAAACGGGCAUUUUGCCAGAAUGGGAGCAGACUGUGAGGAUGAUGAUGAUGGUUAGGGUGAAAUAAUCCAUCUCCUCUAGGAAACUGUACAUAAAAGCGUCUCUUACUGAAAAAAGGCACAGGCUCCCCUUUUUGUACCGUAGAGAUGACCAGGCUAACAGUUUGGUGUGUUCAUACUAGUGUUUGAUCAGAGUUCUAUUCAUUGUGCCUUGUGUAUGUGUGUGUUUCUGUAGUCUGAGUGAGUGUGUGAGCGGGACUGAACGAGAAGAGAUGAUUGGUCAGAACUCCCUGAGGUCCAGCCAACGAGGGGACUACUUUACACUGAGGGAGAUUGUUAAUGAAUGCGUGGAGGGGGACAACUGCAGAGUUUUUCAGUUGUCUAAAGAUUUCCUGAAUGUACAUAAAACAAUAGGAAGCUCUCGUUGCGUCAUGCCACAGAGUCUGUGUGUGUAUAUAAGAGAGCUCUGCAAUGGAUACUUUUGUUUUUUGGUACUCUGUGUUUAGGGAUGGGGGCGGGGGGAGGGGUUAACAUAUUAUUUGUUUAGAGUCACAAAAAAAAUAUUUGCACACUAUAUUUUGAUUGUUUUUUGUACCAAAGACACAUGCAACGAAAUGGCGACCAGCCAGUUAAAGUAAGGUUUUGCACAGCUUACCUGACGCCGUAUUGAAUGUAAGAAAUGUGGGAGGGUCAGGGAACUUCAUAGAACUGUGAAAUUAGCUUGGGUCCAAUUCUGUACAGAAAAGGAGCAUUUAAUCAUUUCUUUAAAUCUGAAAAUGUAACCCAUCUAUGGGCUUCUCCAGUAGAUGUGUUGCUUUGCAAGCACGUCAUUCCUGAACUGAUUCCUCCCUCCACGUGCUAAUUGUUUUAUAGGUGCUAUUUUAGGACAUAAACCAAGAGCGCUAGUAGAUAAGCUAUGUUACAUUUUUGUUUGACAAAUUGUCACCAAGAAUAACCAAAAUGUUUUGUUCCUGUUGUCACUUGUUUGAUUUCUGUAUGUAGUCGAGGUUUAUUUCUUCAACAAAAUAUUAAUUUAGCUAUAAAGUACUGUAAAUAGAAACCUUAAUGCUAUAUCUAUCAAUGGUGGAAUGCCACUUUUCAUGACAAUUUAUUAAUUUUUAAGCAUGACACAUUUCUAAAAAAGCCUAUCCUUGCAUUGAGAAAGUUGGAGGAAAAAAACACAAAAACCAAAAAAAGAAGUUUUUGUUAUAUUUUUGUACUUUAGCUGUCUGUUAGCUUCCCUGUUUGGAAGUAUGUGUUCAGUGGAAAGGAGAUGUGGAGGUAAAGAGGUUUUUAAGAGCAGCCAGUCGAUCUCAAAGUUUGAUAUUUAAAACAACAUUUAACCAAUGGGUCUCCUUUGCUGGCUGAGGGAAAUACAGAGGAUUAUUCGAAUCACAGUGCAGCGAAGACAUGGUUCAGCAGGAGCUUUGAGGACAACGGCAGGGAAGUGUGAGGAAAGUUUCUGUAAGAAAGCCAAAGCCAUUUGAGUCUGAUUAAUCUUGGUUCAGCACUGUGCAAUGUCCUUCUGAUGUUCGCAAGUUUUCACUCUUUCACCAUGAAACUGGUUGAAUUUUACAUUUCCUGGGAUUGGACGCCUUUGAGGUUGCAAUGCUGAAUUAUAUCUUCCUUAGUCCUUCCUGACGGUUCACAGCAGCGAAGAAUAACUUGUUUUAAGGCAAUACCGAGAAUUAAAAUAUCCUGACCUCAAAGUGUUCAGCAUGUCCAACCUUUAGAAAUGCAUGAUGCCUGAAUGGUUGCCUCACUGCAGCUUCCUCAGAGGAAAUGCCGCCAUUCUCAGGAAUUUUAAAAAUCAGUUAGUCAUUUUGUUAGCGGGCAAAUAUAAACAAAACAUCCACAAGGAUACAUUCAGGUUAGUUCCAGUUCCAAGAUGGAGAUGCAGAGCUUUUGUCUUUCUGUAUCAUGUGAUCGAAUAACAGCUAGUGCUACAUAUAUAUAUAUAUAUUUACUGAUUUCUGUUCCGUCUAAAAAGGGAGAAAUGGUGCUUUUUUUAUGAAACUAGAAUGAUGAGUAUCUACUCAUAUUUGACUUCUUAGUUUUAGUUGUAGCCUAAUGACUUACCGUCCAUAGCUAUUUUCUUAGUAGUGAUUCAUUUUUGUACAUAGACUAUAAGUUGAUAUGUUUCUUCUAAAUGUUAGAUAUAUGUAUAGAUUACUCUAUCUUAUAUGUUUGAAAACAAAAAGCACUUUGUCCAAAAAAGAAAGAAAAAAACAAAAACAAACUAAAGAAAAAGCAUUUUUUUUCUUCCAUUUGCUGCUAAAAGGCCUGGUGUGAAUGCUGCAAGUGUACUUGAUAACUACUUGCUAGGAUAGGUCUAUUUCCUGACUUGGCUAGGUCUUUAAACUGGCAGGGAAUAGGUGUGCGGCCUGACUCGGGUUAGGUCUACAUGUUUCUGGAGCCACGUAAUGAUACGACUGUUGAAUAAACCUGUAUCAUUGCUUGGUUUUGGAAAGAUAGGUCUAUUUCCUGGUCAGGAACCGCGUGGAUAGCGGGUUUGUGGUCUUAAAAAAAGAGGGUUUUGAUUCCAGGGCCCCUACUUUGAUCCUGACGCUGACCCCCUUGGCGUCAGGAUUCAUUUGCCUUCAGUAGAGGUUUCCUAUGGAAAAACUGAUUCUGCUUUGGCUUCCUCUUCAGGGUGAUGUACAGUGUAGACACAUUUCUCCAGAGAGCUAUAUUGUUAUCAUUUGUAAACUGAUUGCUACUUGUGACUUAAUGAGGAGGAGGGUUUAGCCUGGGGCGGCCACGAAGAGCCGUUUGAAAGGUGUUGUUCCGGGCCGCCCUAGGGGAAGUUAAUAUAUCACUGUACUGUAUGGCAAGCCAGUUACAAAUGGAGACUCAAUCCGGACACUUAUUGCCUUUUGAACUUUUACACACAAACAAAUAAUAUACAAAUUGGUGAACUAGUCAGUUGCCAAAGGGUGAGCCUGAGGCUUAUGACAUCGUUCCGCCAAUAUACAGUCAACAACAACAACAACAACAAUAACAAAACUGUUCAGCAUAAAUGGCUCAAAACAAACCUUGACUGAAGUAUCAGACGUGGUGCAAUAUCUCUGAAAGAUUGCUACAAAUGUUGAAUUAAAAUUUGAACUAAUUGUGCUCAGUUGAAUCUUUUGGUACAAUAUUUGAAGCAAUUUCUUUCAGCAACAAUUUUGACCAGGUCUGGCCAGCGGUCAACAGUGGAUACAUUGCCGCUGGUUGGCUAGUUUUGUAGUCGCUCAUGAGGCUGAUCUAAGAAAGAGUUCUCACAGGUUUUUACAUUUAACAUGAUAGGUGCAAGCUGUGCAACUUUACAUUCGAACAAGGAGACUCUGUGGCAUUUUAAAAAGUCAAGAAAACUAGUGAAAAUCCACGCCAGUAACUAUUCCUUAUUCUUUUUUUAUUUCUGGUGACAUAAAAUCUAUACAGUCAACUAUUAAGCUGAUGGUGUAUCUUUGUGCUACUUUUGUCCAAUAAAAGCUUACCGUAUAGCUCUUCUUCAGCAAAUCAGGGUAAUAUCGUUCUUCUAUCUGACGUAUGUGAUGACAUAAAAUCAAAAGAAAAUAUAUUUAUGUAUUCCAAUUAUUGUUGCCAUUCUUUACUCUGUACAAAAAUAUGUGUGUGUGUGUGUUAUGAAUUCUCAAUGUCAAUCAAUAUAGUGCAAUCCUCUCUACACAAACUGAAAAAAAGGCCAACAGUCACAAUGUUCACAGUUGAUCCGAUGUAUCCACAUUGGAAUUAAAACAUACACAACCUACGACAUUUUCCUCUCACAAAGGAUUUGAUUUCACAUGGUGCUGAUUACUUUUCAUUAUCCAGGUAAUCCUCCAAGAAUUUAAAUAGCAUCUGUAUUUAUAUUCACUCAAAAACAUAACAGACUCCCAUAACAGACUCCCCACCCCCGAUCUUUUUCAUUGAUUCUAUCCUGUUGGACCAAACAGAGGAACAUUUUCACUCUGAACGACAACAAAUUGGUGAUUUCUAUUUUAUUGAGCUGUAUGAUUUCUAUUGUUAGGCAAACCAUUGUUUCUUUUGUAAAAAUCAUUCUCAUUGAUUUGAUACCCCAGCCUAAAGUCACAGAGGAUCUUUAUAUCAUCUGAGAGGUACAAGAUUUCCCCCAGGACUGCAAAAUAAAUGCAUUUAUUUGGGUGUAUUAUAGGCCAUUAUUUUAUUGAUUUAAAUAGUACGUGGGAUUUCCUUCUUAUGUUAUUAAAAUACAGGUACUUAUUCAACUUAUGUAUUCAAGAAGGAUCUCCAGAGGAAAUAUUUGGUAACGCUUUAUCAUAAUAUGUUUUUAGUAAUUUAACCAUCAUUUCAAAUAAGUUUUCUUGAAACAAGUACGGUAUACCAUUCGGUGAUAGGAAGAGUAGAUAACAAUUGAUACACUUACAUUAUGUUAUAUUACAUUUAUAUCAUUUCAGUUUCAUGGCAUUCAUUUUUUGUUUUAAGCUGUACUUAUGUACUUAUAUGUAUCCAUAUGUAUGUAAUAAAAAGGUAUAUAAUGACUUGGUGUAUAAUGAAUAGAUGUUCCCCUCUACUGAGUAUUUUUAGCAUCUUUCAGCUUGUUUUCCUGGUUCUUAGGCCCCUCAACUUCAACUCAACGAAGCACUUUUUAGAAAAUUACGGAUCUAAAAGAUGAGCGUUACCAAAUAUUCUUGUCUCACUAAAUUGGGUUUGUGAACAAUAUUUUACAAAUUGACGUCACCUCUUGCUGGCUGUGGUGUCAUCUCAGAGUUUGGAUUCUGUUUUCAGAUGUUUCUUGUCUUGUUUUGACCCAUGUGGGCUGCUUGUAAAAACACCUCGUCUUGAGAGGUUGUAUGCAUAAUGCCCUCCAUGUUUUUCUCUGUGUAAAUUAGAAACAUACAAAAAUGUGACAAAAAAAAAACGAGCGGGAAUAAUGUUUCUGCAUGCCGACUCCCUGCAACGCACUCAUAGAAGAUCCUUCACUGCACUCAAAGUCACAUUUUGUCAUACUUGCUGCUAUUUAAUGAGCACAAAGAGCGUUAUGUUUUUCGUUAAGUGUAUCAAUGACUCGAUAACAGUAUACUAUGAACACAUACCCUGUUUUUUUUUUCACACUUUUUUUUCGACUGUCAAAAGACCAAAAGUGUUACUCCCCUUGCACUUGGUUUUUGAAUAUGAUGCCUGCUGAACCAGGUGCCUUAAUCAAAUCUUCGAGAACACACAUCUGCACCUUCUGUCGGUCUGGAGGGGGUUUCCCCACAGAAACAAGGGGCUGGGUUUCCCAUAACCUAAACUUGAAGUACAGAAAUUAAAUUAAAAACUAAUUUCAAUCCAAAAUAUUUAGUAUGAAAAAUCAGCCUUUAACAGUGAAUGAGAUUUUUGUCGUGUCUGAAUAUGAUUUCCCUUUAAUAUUACUGAAGAAGAGCAUAAAUGUGAACUAAAUUCAUGUUUUGGGAAACCUGGUUCCAAAUGUAACUCUUUCUCUGCCCACUACGCCACGUUCUUGUGUUUUGUGUAUUGGCUGCUGCUGCUAUCACCGCUGGUGUGUCCGUUUAGAGAAGAGUACGUUUCCACUGUGUCAAAGGCAGAGGGAGACUUGGGCCUGCUUUAAUUAGUCGAUUACAAUGCAUUCUUCUUCUGUGGUUUUGACAUUGAGCACCGUGUUGCUGCCUCUUGAGAUCUUUUUUGAGAAAAAAGGAAACAAACAAAAAAAGCAUAAAACAGACCUUUCCGUUUCUUAACUUUGCUAUAAUGAAGUGCCAGACCCUCCUUGAAGCCAGUGUUGGCACUUAGUGGCAGGGUGCAAAUGAAGCGACAAACUGAGCAUGGAGGUAAACUGUGGUGCUAAUCUGUCAGUGGCUGGGUGCUAACAUGGCUGAUGUAAAAAGCUGUUUUAGCCAUAUUAUUCCUACUGUCGAUGACUCUUGUCAGUCUUGUGUUUCUGACUGCUGUAUGCUGACAUAGCGAGGUAUAACUUUGCUGCUGCUGCUUUGCGGUUGAAUGUAGACUAGUCUUCCUUAGCAGGAUCAUACGGACAGACGUGUCUGGUGGAGCUUUUCCUGUUGUGCUAUUUCCUUACACUUUUUUUUGAACAGGGAGACUCCUGUUGUCCGGAUCCAGAAGGAUCAUGAAUGUUGUAUCUUUAUAUGGCCGCUGUCCUGCUUAAAUGUUUAUACCUAUUUCUUUUUAUAUUAAUAUUUUGGUUUGAUAUUUAUGCUCUGACUUUGUCAAAUGUUGCACGGUUGAAAUUUGAUUUUUCCUAAAUUAUAUCUUAUUGCCUUUUUUCCCUUAUUCCAGUGUUCUUACAAUUUAUUUGAUAUUUAUUUGUUUCGUCCUGUAAAUUAACAUGUAAGGAGAUUUGUAAGACUUAUUAGCUUUUCCACUGAAGCAGGCUUUACCAGGAGUCACAUGAGGUUCUCAGGCGUCAAUCAAAGUCACAAUGAAACUGACUUUUCUAUUAUUCCCUGUAUACCUAUAAACCAACGUAUUUUUUAGAUUGUUGAUAUAUUUAAAAAAUGUAUCUUAUUACAUUUACACAUUAUAUCAGUUAUAUUAUCUCAUGUACCAUAGAUACGAUUUUUUUAAAUGUGCAACUUUUGUAAGAUAUGCAAACAUUAAGGACGAUCUAUAUUUAGUGCUUAAUUAGACAGUAAAGACUCAAUAAAUAGAUCAGUAUGCGAAACAGAUGGCAAUAUUCUAAAGAAAUAUCAGAUAAUCAGUUUGAAAAUGAAUUUACAAAUAUUUAAAUAAAGCAACAGAUAUAUUAGGAUAGAUGGAGAAAUACCUAAGAAAGGACUAUAUUUGCAAAUCAACUUUAACAAAAGUCCUCUGUGUUGCACACAAACAGAAAGAUGAUUGUUUAGCAACCAGAGUCUGGGAUUCAUUUGCUGAACACAUAGUGGCUUCAGUCCUUUGCCGUCCUGUGUUUAAUUGUAUAUGACUUUAACAUUAUGUUCUGUCCUAAUGCUAAAGUAACACGGUGCAGUUUCAUUGUGACUUUGAGUAGUGGUCUGUGAAGCCCAUGGAGCGUUCUGUCAUUGAAGGUUUGAGGCAGUCAGUCAGCGCCUGGAAACAGACUCAAGGACUCAGCUCUUCUUUGGUCACGACUCUAAACCGAGGUCUGGUGCUCCACAGGUCAGGAGUCGCCCCUCUCUAACUGUGAGGGGGAAAUUUGAACAUUCGAUCAGUUUUCUGGGAAAACUUUACCACUGCGCCAGAGAUGUUUUGUCGCCUUCUGGGUGCUUAAUUUUUUUCGGAAGGGCUUUGGUUCGCAGUUGUCUUGUCAGGGAGCUUCUGAAAUAAGAUGGGGGGCCGCUAAAGGCUGGUGGGCAGAGACCCCUCCACCUCCCCUGCAAUAAAUGCUGGGGGGCGGGGGGAGUCAUUUCCUCUUCUGCAGAUUGAUCUUUUCGAAGCAAAAACAACAACCCACCCUAAAUGAAAAAUAAAAAAACAAAACCCCUCUCCAUAUCUACACGCGUCAUUAUCCAACACUAAAGUGAUUUACAUCUCCUUCCAGAUUUGCCAAAAUGCACGGAGCGAGACACAUUUAAUGAGCAGAAAAUGUUAAAGUAUAUAUUCUGUUUCCUUUUCUUUUCUAUUUUGAUAAUAAAGACAGACAGAAAGAUGAUUUGAUGGGAAAUCCAUACAAGCCUAAACAUGUAGAGGAUGUGGGAGGUAUUGGUCAUCAUGAGCUCGAUACAGCUACAUGCUAUUGUUAUGAUGCUUCUGGUCUUGUAUGGUAACUUAUAUGACUAGAUCAACAGCAUGGGAUCUUUCUGUAGUUAGUCCUGUGUGUGUUCCUCUCCCCAGUCUCAGUAGGAGGGCUGUUCUUCAUGGCUAAGUGCUCUAUAAUAGAUCUCUUGGUGAUUAUAAUUUCAUAAAGAAGCAACUUACAGAAAGUGUAUCCUGCUGAAACUAACUUGAUCCUCUCUUUAGCAAUGACGUCUAUAUUUGUAGUUCACAUAUAUGCCUGUUCAAAUACAAUAUCUUGACAGUUGAUAUAUUUAUGUUGUGUAAUAAGUGUUGUGCUGGGUUUAACUUUUGUUAUAUCUAAGUCUUUGUUUCACAUUGUCUUUCUUUCUUGGAGGCACAGUGGGUGGGCUUUAUGCACAGUCUUGGAAAUGUAAGAUAUGUUUUUGUUUUAUUUGGUUUGUACUGUAACAACUCAUUCUGUUUCAGAGCUUUGGACAAUAAUUGUCUCUGGCUGCUUGACAUCCUGCAGCACCUGCCCUGAAUCUCUGUUGUGUUAUUGUGCCUCUCUCUUUUCUUUCGUAUUUUUUUAAAACAUUCUUUCUCUGUUGUAUCAGCCAGGAGUUGAUACCACAGCUCUGCUUGUAACCACAAUAGUCUGAUUAUGUUCAUUGAUUUUAAUAUCAAAAUAAUAAAACCAUUAGCAACCCA